CAACAGUCUCGUGCGGUGACUGGAACGCGAAUGUUGCUUCGCAAUUGUACUCUUGUUCUCCAAACAGCAGUAGCUUGCAGUCGUGCAAUCACAGGUUUCCAAAUGCAAAUAUUUUGCGGACAGAAAGUCACUCAGUCAGGUUUCGCACUCCACCGCGACGAGAACUUACUGCCUAAGCCGCUACAUCGUUUUUCUCCUCUUUUUCAAAGGGCCCAAACACAAUGAACAGUGUCCAUUCGGCCGGUUUAGCUGAAGUGCACGAGAUGCCGAUGUCGGUCAUCAAUCGUCCCAUACCAUCGGUGCUCGAUAAUAACAAGGUCCAGUCCCUCAUGGAUACCAUCCAGAAUCCCGACCUGGCAGAAAGUGUUCCACCGAUCGAUGUGCUGUGGAUCAAAGGCAGCGAAGGGGGCGACUACUACUACAGCUUUGGGGGAUGUCAUCGUUUCGAGGCGCACAAACAGCUCGGAAAGCGAACCAUCACAGCAAAGCUGGUGAAAUCCUCACUAUCCGAUUUGCAGCACUAUCUUGGGGCAAGCUGCCCCAAGCAGUUGAAGUGAAUGAUUGUGCAUUCCGCUGUUUCAUUGAAUACUUAAACUAAGUCACUAUCUUGUAAGGAAACCGUUAAACUGCUUCAUAUUUUAUAAGUAUCUACAAAAAAUAUAUUUCAAUGUUCAUACUUCUUUCGUGUAA